AUGAGCGGCGACACUGAGAUGGAAGUGUUCGGCAUGGCUGCUCCUUUCCUCCGGAAGUCGGAGAAGGAGAGGAUCGAGGCCCAGAACCAGCCCUUUGACGCCAAAACCUACUGCUUUGUGGUAGACUCAAAGGAAGAAUAUGCCAAGGGGAAAAUCAAGAGUUCUCAGGACAGGAGGGUCACCGUGGAAACCGAGGACAACAGGACCCUGGUGGUCAAACCCGAGGACGUGUACGCCAUGAACCCCCCCAAGUUUGACAGGAUCGAGGACAUGGCCAUGCUGACGCACCUCAACGAGCCGGCCGUGCUGUACAACCUCAAGGACCGCUACACGUCCUGGAUGAUCUACACCUACUCUGGCCUCUUCUGUGUCACCGUCAACCCCUACAAGUGGCUGCCGGUGUACAACCCCGAGGUGGUGAAUGGCUACUGGGGCAAGAAGCACCAGGAGGCCCCGCCCCACAUCUUCUCCAUCUCCGACAACGCCUAUCAGUUCAUGCUGACCUAUCGUGAAAACCAGUCUAUUCUGAUCACCGGAGAAUCCGGGGCAGGAAAGACUGUGAACACCAAACGGGUCAUCCAGUACUUUGCAACAAUUGCAGCUACUGGAGACCUCACCAAGAAGAAGGACUCCAAAAUGAAGGGGACUCUGGAAGACCAGAUCAUCAGUGCCAACCCGUUGCUGGAGGUCUUCGGGGACGCCAAGACCGUGAGGAACGACAAUUCCUCCCGCUUUGGCAAGUUCAUCCGAAUCCACUUUGGAACGACUGGGAAGCUGGCCUCUGCAGAUAUUGAAACGUAUCUGCUGGAAAAGUCAAGAGUCACCUUCCAGCUGAAGGCUGAGAGAAGCUAUCACAUCUUCUACCAGAUUCUUUCAAACAAGAAGCCUGAGCUCAUAGAGUUGCUGCUUAUUACGACCAACCCUUACGACUACCCGUUCAUCAGCCAGGGUGAAAUCCUGGUGGCCAGCAUAGACGAUGCUGAGGAGCUGCUGGCUACAGAUAGUGCCAUUGACAUCCUGGGCUUCAGCCCAGAGGAGAAAUCUGGGCUCUACAAGCUGACGGGAGCCGUGAUGCACUACAGGAACAUGAAGUUCAAGCAGAAGCAGCGGGAGGAGCAGCCAGAGCCAGACGGCACCGAAGUGGCUGACAAAACAGCCUAUCUGAUGGGCCUCAACUCUUCGGACCUCCUGAAAGCCUUGUGCUUCCCCAGAGUGAAAGUCGGGAACGAGUACGUCACCAAAGGCCAAACCGUGGAUCAGGUUCACCACGCUGUGAAUUCCCUGUCCAAGUCGGUGUACGAAAAGCUGUUCCUCUGGAUGGUGGCGCGCAUUAACCAGCAGCUGGACACGAAGCUACCAAGACACCACUUCAUCGGCGUCUUGGACAUUGCAGGCUUUGAAAUCUUUGAGUAUAACAGCCUGGAGCAGCUGUGCAUCAACUUCACCAACGAGAAACUGCAACAGUUUUUCAACCACCACAUGUUCGUGCUGGAGCAGGAGGAGUACAAGAAGGAAGGCAUCGAGUGGACGUUCAUCGACUUCGGGAUGGACCUGGCGGCCUGCAUGGAGCUCAUCGAGAAGCCGAUGGGCAUCUUCUCCAUCCUGGAAGAGGAGUGCAUGUUCCCCAAGGCAACGGACACCUCCUUCAAGAACAAGCUGUAUGACCAGCACCUGGGCAGGUCCAGCAACUUCCAGAAGCCCAAGGUGGUCAAAGGCAGGGCUGAGGCCCACUUCUCCCUGGUCCACUACGCAGGCACCGUGGACUACAGUGUCUCGGGCUGGCUGGAGAAGAACAAGGACCCCCUGAACGAGACUGUCGUUGGGCUGUACCAGAAGUCCUCCAACAGGCUCCUGGCACACCUCUAUGCCACCUUUGCCACGGCAGACGCUGAUAGCGGGAAGAAGAAAGUUGCCAAGAAAAAGGGUUCUUCCUUCCAAACUGUCUCUGCCAUUUUCAGGGAAAAUCUGAACAAGCUGAUGUCCAAUUUGAGAACGACUCACCCUCAUUUUGUGCGUUGUAUAAUUCCCAACGAAACCAAAACCCCAGGGGCCAUGGAACACAGCCUGGUCCUGCACCAGCUGCGCUGCAACGGUGUCCUGGAGGGCAUCCGCAUCUGCCGGAAGGGCUUCCCCAACAGGAUCCUCUACGGGGACUUCAAACAAAGAUACCGAGUGCUGAACGCCAGUGCAAUCCCUGAGGGGCAAUUCAUCGACAGCAAGAAGGCCUGCGAAAAGCUCCUGGCAUCCAUCGACAUUGACCACACGCAGUACAAAUUUGGACACACCAAGGUGUUCUUCAAGGCUGGCUUGCUGGGAACCCUGGAAGAUAUGGGGGACGACCACCUGGCCAGACUGAUCGCCCGCACGCAAGCCGUGUGCAGGGGCUUUCUCAUGCGCGUGGAGUUCCAGAAGAUGGUGCAGAGGAGGGAGGCCAUCUUCUGCAUCCAGUACAACAUCCGCUCAUUCAUGAACGUCAAGCACUGGCCCUGGAUGAAACUCUUCUUCAAGAUCAAGCCUCUCCUCAAGAGUGCGGAGACAGAGAAGGAGAUGGCCACCAUGAAGGAGGAGUUCCAGAAAACCAAAGACGAACUCGCCAAGUCAGAGGCAAAAAGGAAGGAGCUGGAGGAAAAGUUGGUGACUCUGGUACAAGAGAAGAAUGACCUGCAGCUCCAAGUACAAGCUGAAAGUGAAAACUUGUUGGACGCCGAGGAAAGAUGCGACCAGCUGAUCAAAGCCAAAUUCCAGCUCGAGGCCAAGAUCAAGGAGGUGACUGAGCGAGCUGAGGACGAGGAAGAGAUCAAUGCUGAGCUGACGGCCAAGAAGAGGAAACUGGAGGAUGAAUGUUCAGAACUCAAGAAAGACAUUGAUGACCUUGAGCUGACACUGGCCAAGGUGGAGAAGGAGAAGCAUGCCACAGAGAACAAGGUUAAAAACCUGACUGAGGAACUCGCUGGGUUAGAUGAAACCAUUGCCAAGUUAACCACAGAGAAGAAGGCCCUCCAAGAGGCCCACCAGCAGGCCCUGGAUGACCUCCAAGCUGAAGAAGACAAAGUCAAUUCUUUGAGCAAAAUCAAGAGCAAACUGGAAAAAAAAACAGAUGAGCUGGAGGGAGCUGAGAACACACAUGCACUGAUGGGUCUCUCAGCUGCUCUUCCCAAUCCUGCUUGUAACACCCUCAGGAAGGGGAUCCCGGAGGAGGCGGGUACAGUGACGAGGGGAGAGGUGUGUGUGUGUGCGCGCGUGGUGUAUUUGGCCGUGGGUGAGGCUACCCAGCGUGAUGUGCGCGUGGGGCUCCAGACUGCACCCGCGCCAAAGCUAGCAGUCCCGCUGACAGACGAGGACACCCAGGCCCCGAGGGGCGUGCCAGGCAGAGCAGGGUCGCUGGCUGCUGACCCAGCUGGCCGCAGCCCACGUGGGUGA